AUGAUGUUACGCUACUCGAACUGCAGGUGUUUGUUGCAUAGAUGCAAGUUUUCUGUGGGGGCUGUGCUGCCGAGUCAUCAAGAUUCUACUUCAGCGGUUUAUUCUGGCUCAUCUUUAUCAGUAAAUCUCGACGUAGAAAUUUUCCAUCGACAAGCAAUGAAAUGGUGUGGAUACGUAUUUCGCGAUAAACGGGAUCAAAUAUGUUGGAAUGCAUUCAGUUCUUUCAAUGAAUCAUUCGAAUUUUUGGAUUCCAAUCCAACCGGUGCAAGUAAUGAGAAGGAUGGAUUUAGUGAAAAUGUGAUCGGAAUUUUGGAAUCUUUCUUUGAAUCAUGCGGAUGGCAUAAUAUUGAUGGCGUGUUGGAUGAUUUGCCUGCUCAAACUAAUGAAAUGUUGAUGUCGAGUUUCCCAACCGAUCACAGCACAUCGGUUACUGCAUUUAAUGAUGCACAACCACGUGAUAGAGUGUUGAGCAGUAAAUCAAGAACAGAUUUACGAAAGCCGCAAUGGCGGACAUUUUACACUCGAUUGCGAUUAGCGCGUCCCUGUGUUGCAACAAAAAAAGCUGUUAAGAAUCGAGGAGCGUUACUACAUAAAAGUGAAUGUGAUAUGGUGAGAUCGAUAACUGAUCAUCAUUGUGUGCAGCCUAUUUCGAGCAAGUUGCGGCCUAUAAUAAAUUUUCAGUUACGGACUCUAAAAACAACUCCAUGUUUUACUACUAUUCAUGAUGGGGCAAUGUCGGCCACUACUUUGUCUUGUCAGGAAAAAGCUCAAAAACCAUCCAGGAAUGAAAGCGAUGAAUUAGUAACUUCAAAAACCAGAAUUGCAUCAGUAGAACAGCUGAAACAACUUACUUUGGAAAAGAAUGUUGCUGGAUUGAGACGGAUUUUGAAUAAGGAACUUUGGCCAUCUCAUCGUCGUUUGAAAACAUUUAUUGCCGAGCUUUUUGAAGUCUUUAUCGUGUAUGGAAAAGAUGUGAAAGAAGCUUUAUGGCUUAUGGACAGCUUUGCAUCAGCAAACAAUCGUGUUGCAUUGCCGAAUUCAAUUGUUUUGCAACUGAUCACACGAAUUCUAGCCGAGGAAGGAAUAAAAGCUGCUAUCGACUCCGCUAUUCAAUGUCGAAAUCUAUUACUUAUUAAGUCACCCGCAGAUGGUUUAUUUUUCAAUCGUUCCGUAGCUGCUGCUGAGGAUCUCUUUACUGAAGCUUUCAAAAAAAAUAAUGUACCAGGAAUUCAAGAUUUGUGCGACAUAUUGAUUAACUUAGGCUUUCUUCGCAGUCCUUCAACUUAUUUGCGUGCUGUUGUUAAAUCCUAUUUGCAGAGUGGUAGUUUUGAUACAGCUUUCAACGUAUGGUAUAAAAAUGCUCAGAAAUAUCGUAUUGGUGCGGGUAGUGAUCUUCUUAUACGGCAUACUAUUCUGGAAAAAAAUCUGAAUGAUGUAUUUCGAAAGAAAAGACUUCGAAAUAUUUUGGAGAAACUCGAUGAAUUUGGCGCAUUUUAUGAUGGUCUCGCUGAACUUGUUAUGGAGCUGUUAAAGGCAGAUAUGAUUUGCGAGGCGGAGCUGAUAUUCAAAAGGUUGAAAAUAUCUGGAUAUCAUUUCAAAGAACCGCUCUUCCGUAUGCAAAAUGAUCUGGACAACUUACCUCAUGUUGAACAUUUUGCGACUGUUUUGCUGACUUCUUUACUAAAAGAAAACAGUUCUCGAAACACUCGAAAAUAUUCGCAACAAAAAUUUUCAUCGGAAGAGUUAAUGAAGGAUUUUCAAAAGUCAAAUCACAAAAGUUAUAUCAUAUCACUAUUAUCAACUUGGCAGCCGCGUUACAACCGAAGACAGAAAGUAGAAAUGAAGAAGUUCAAGGCUAAUGUCAAGCAACUUCGAGAACUCAUACAUGUGACCCAAAAUAUUUGGUUUGAGAUAGCAAGUGGUGCUGACAACAUGGAAUCAUUAGAACGUUUAUGGAUUUGGGUUAAAGAAUAUAGCGGUAGCGAAUCCGACAGUGUGAGAAAGAGGCUGGAAGAUUUCUUUAACAAAAGCGAUUUCGAUACCGAAUAA